GGAGCAUUUCUCUCUGUGCCCAGGAUGAUGUGACCCUUUUCUUGUGAAAUCCGGCUUCUGUGCAAAGUUUACCUUUCAUCGAGACCUUAAAGAUUUAAUCACUGGCUGAGUUGCCAGAGACACAGCAGCAGAGGAAGAGAGAGCGAGGCUUCCCUGCCUUGAACAUGGCUGUUUUCAGCUGGCUGGUCAUUCUUUCCCUGCUAUUCCUCUGGUUCUGGAAGAGCAGACGUCCCAAAGGUUUCCCUCCGGGGCCUUGGCACCUGCCCCUGAUUGGGAAUCUGCUUCAGGUCAGGAUGGGGAACCCUCUGAAGGACUUGGAUCAGUUAGCAAGAAAAUAUGGUUCUGUCUUCUCUCUUUAUGUUGGAAGCAAACCUGUAGUCUUCACUCAUGGAUUUCCUUCAGCAAAAGAGGUCCUCGUGAUAAAAGGCACAGAAUUUGCUGGGAGGGCAAGCUUUUAUAUUAUGGAUGUAAUCAGUAAGAAAAAAGGCAUAUUCUCGCUACCUUACAGUGAAGUGUGGAAGGAGCAAAGGAGAUUUUCAGUGAUGCUUUUCAGAAACUUUGGAGUGGGCAAAAAUGUGAUGGAAGAAAAGAUCUUGGAGGAGGCAACCUAUUUGAUUGAGGCGUUUACUGAAAAGACGAGUCUGCCUUUUGAUCCUUAUGAGUUCAUUGACGGUGCCGUCACCAACAUACUUUCUACCAUACUAUUUGGGAAACGUUUUGAAUACGACAGCAGCUUCCUCAGAACCCUGCUGGACCUGAUACAUCAAAACAUCAAACUUCCAGCAGGACCGUGGGCCUUGCUUUACAAUGCGGUGCCCUUAGUGAGGAGGCUUCCACUGCCCCAUCAGAAAAUACUAACAAAUGCCAGUAAGAUCUUUGCUUUGCUUGAAAAAGAACUGGAUGAACACAAGGCAACUUUGAUUCCUGGAGAACCCCGGGAUUUCACUGAUGCCUAUUUAGAAGAAAUACAGAAGACAGAGAGGAAAGGUUCGAGUUUUGAAGAAGAGCAACUACGAGUCUUACUCUCUGACCUGUUCAUGGCUGGAACAGAGACGACGUCAGGAACACUUCUGUGGGGAUUCCUCUAUUUGAUGGCCUUUCCAGAGAUCCAAGAGAAAUGCCAGAAGGAAAUAGACGCUGUUCUGGGAAACAAUGCAAGCCUGAAGUAUGAAGAUCGAGUAAGGUUGCCCUACACAAAUGCCGUCAUUCACGAAAUCCAACGCAUUACAAGUAUUGUUCCUCUUGGAGUAGCUCAUAAAUCCAUUAAGGAUGUGCAGCUUUUUGGAUACCAAGUUCCCAAGAACACCAUGGUUUUUGUCAAUCUCCACUCUGCCCAUCGUGAUAAAUCUCAGUGGAAGUUCCCAGACGAGUUCACCCCCUCCAACUUCCUGAAUGAAAAGGGAGAGUUUGUGAAGCCGGAAGCCUUUUUGGCAUUUUCAGCAGGACCAAGAGUCUGCUUAGGGGAAAACCUGGCUCGGAUGCAGCUCUUUCUCUUUUUCACCAGCAUUCUCAGAAACUUCCAGUUAUUGUGGCCAGAUAAAUCGCAAGCUCCAGAUUUUACACCACACUUUGCGAUUACACAAUCCCCAUCUCCCUUUAAGGUGUCGCUGAAAUGUCGCCAGCCAAGUGAAUAGAUCUAAGUGAGGAUCUGCAAGACAGCCUCAUUCUCUCCAACAGCCAGUGGCCAUCUCUACUUCAACUUUAGCACUUAGAUCUUCUUUAGAAAUAAAGUGCUACCUUAUGCUGAA